UCUCCAUGGAGAAAACAAGUUUCGGGAGUAAUGGGCUCCACUUCGUUGGCAUGCUGGAUAGUUCUUCUCAUGCCUCAGCUUAUUGAGCAAUGGAGAUUGAAGUCUGCCGAAGGCAUUGCUAUUGGCUUCAUUUGCAUCUGGUUCAUGGGCGAUGUGUUCAACUUGGUGGGUUCAAUCUGGGCGGGCUUGCUUCCUGAAGUCAUCUUCCUUGCCGUAUGGUUCUGUAUUGCUGACUUCUUGAUCAUUGCUUCCUAUUUCUACUAUACCCACAUUUUCCCAAAACACCACCACAGCCACGGUAAAAGAAAAAGCACCAGUAGCUCUGUAGGCGAACGUCACCAUCACGAUCGCGAGAACCACCAACAUGAAGGUGCUGCUCACCACGAACAUCACCAUCACGAACACGAAUCUUCUCCUUUGCUCAGAAGAAGAUCAUCUACCUUGACAGAUAUUGCCUUGGAACCAGAAUAUCACAGCAUAUUCAUUAAAUACGUAUUGCCGUUGAUUUUUGUGGUUGCUUGCGGCUUGAUGGGUUUCUUCUUAGGAGGAUCUUCCACUGGCGAAGGUGACGAUGCUCCUCUGCCUCCUGACGAUAUCCGUUUGGGUCCUCAGAUCAUGGGCUACAUGUCGGCGUUGCUCUACUUGGGAGCACGUAUUCCUCAGAUCAUCCAGAACCACCGCCGGAAGUCGGUCCAUGGCUUGAGCUUGUUGUUCUUCUUGUUCUCUACCUUGGGUAACUUGACUUACGCUGGCCAGAUUUUGUUCUUCCGUAGUGACUCCCAGUAUAUCUUGCUUAAUUUAAGUUGGUUGUUGGGUUCUUUGGGAACCAUCUUCGAAGAUAGUUUCAUCUUCUUGCAGUUCUACAUCUACCAGGACAACGACAAGGAAGAUGCCGUUGAAUAA